AUGAGAUUCUUUGAGAAUCGAAGACUCCUUCUUCUUCUUGGAGGCAUUAUUCUUCUUGGGGUCACCAUCGUCUUUCAAAUAGUGGUUCAACAUCAACAACUGAAAAAUGGACAUCUUGCCGAUAGUUUGAUUCUUCGUUCAAAUCCUUUGCCAUGUGAAACAUGUAACUCUUCUUCGACAUUAAUUAAUGACAAACUCUCACAGAGGUCUCUCGAAGGGAAGAGAAGACAACAACGAGUCUUUCCCAUCACUUUUUUUACUAAUGUUAAAAUAGAACAUGGAGGAAAUUAUGAAUCGACGUGGGGAGUGGGUGCUUUAUGUGGAGUGUAUUUACAAAGUUAUUUCAGUUACAAUUUGUUAUUGGGAAUGACUGAAGAAUCUUCUCAAGGAGUCGUAGUGGAGACGUUUCCAACGAUUAUUGGACAAGAAGAUCGUCCAGGUGAUUACGGUCAUUGGAGAAAGUACCUCAUUUUGGAUCAAUUUCUAAAGAGUGAAGCCUCCAAUUACAUUCAAGAAGAUGAUUUUGUGUUCUUUAGCGAUGGUCUGGAUGUCACUUUCAAUGGCAAUGUCCAACACAUCAAAGACAUUUAUUACGAAUAUUUGAAGGAUGAACAAUUUGAUACCGAAAAUACUCAUUGGCCUCUCCUUUUCAAUUCUGAGAAGAACAAAUGGCCACCCAUUUCACUUUUUAACGGAAUUAAGAAUUUAGACAUGACCUUUCUCCAAAAGAACUACACGGAAAACUAUCCCAAAAACCCAUCCUAUUGUCCUCCCAAUUCUGGUUUCCAAUAUUUAAACUCUGGCAUGUAUGUCGGAAGAAAACGAGAUGUGAAAAUGUAUUUGCAAGCUGCAUUUGCAAUGGUUGAAAAUCCAAAUUACAUUCACAACGAUGAUCAAGCAGCAGUUCAGAUCAUGUACGUUUCAAAGUCGUCACAUUAUCCUGUUUUGGGUGAUUGUAGGACAGCAAUGGGACUUCCUACCUAUUUGGCAUGUGAUCAUAUUCGAGUGGUAAAUGAGACGUAUUGUCAUGUCAGUAAUAAGGAAAUUCCAGAGAGAAUUCCAAUUGCCAUGCAUAGUAAUGGACCCAAAUGUGACAAUUUUUGUCCUUGUGUGAGAGCCAAAUCCAUACAUUCAAAAUUAAAGCAAUUCAUGGAUGAGGAAAUGGAGAAACAAAAGGGAGUGGAAUUUAAGGAUUUGAAAACCAAUUUGAAAGUAUUGUUUUAUAAUUCAAGCUUGAAUAAGGUCAUUGAUAUUGUUGUGAAUGGAUUUUGUAGUGCAAGACAAUUGUUUGAUGUUCCAUAUUCGGGAUGUAUGGUCAAGUGA